AUGGAUUCAUCCAGCCUCAUCAACUGUGAAAUGGAAAACCAAGGACAGAAACGAAGAUACGAGGACAAUCAAGAAAUAUCGAUCUACGAUUACUACUCCGAUUCCGCACAGAUUGAGACUCUGGAAUUCCAAAGACUGAAAGAAGAAAACGAAGCUUUUCGAAAGGAAAACCAGAUGCUGAAGGAUUCGGAAUGGAAGUUGAAAGAAUCGUUGAAAUGCUAUGAACUGAUGGCGGACAGGAGCUGCUGUAGCGGUACGAAUUUGGAGAAAGAUGAACAAAUCGAGAAUCUGAAGAAGGAGAUGGAGGAAUUGAAGAGUGCGUUUUGGAAGUCAUUGGCGGAACAAAUUCGGAUGAAAAAAGAUCUGGAAGAGUCGGAAGAAACGAGGAAAGAUGCGGAGAGAGCAAUUCUCAUGUUGCAUGAACAAUUGGCGAAAGAGAGAGCUAGAUCGGCCAGUCUCGAGCAAGAAUUGGAGGAAGAGAUCGAAGAUUUGGUAGAGAAAUUGGAGAAAUCGGAUGAGGCACUGAAAGAGGUGAAUAAGAAGAUGAAGGAACUGGAAGACAGUUCUUAUCGCUUUAAAAACAGACAAGUUAAAAGAAAACUCUUCAAGGAGAUGGACGAUGCAUUGGAGUUUGGAGAUGACGAGGAGGAAGAAGAGGUCAAAAAGAAGAUUAAGAUAAUGGAUAUCUUAUUUGAAAAUAGAGGAAGUGAUGAUGAAUUGUGA